UCCACCACCUGCGAAUACAAAAAUUAUUCUGAAUCAAUCAUCCACCACCGCACUCUUCAAUCCUUCCAUAUUCAAAAAUGCUCUAUUUAUUGGGGGAAAAAUCCAUUUGUAUAUUCAACGUAUACUGUAAUCUGAAGGUGAAAAAUGGAAGAAAAAUUCUUGAUUGGGAAAAAAUUCAUGAAAAAUAAGGAAACAGUGCAGCGAAUUCUCUGUAUAAAAAUUCAUAAUUGCGCGGAGAUCAAAGACAAAGGGAAAUAAAGCGACAAAAAUCAUGAGUUCGUUCUACCGGAUGUGAAAAGUUUGAAGUCGAUUCAAACGAAGAAACUCAAGAGUCUGAAAUUCUCGUUUGGCAUUUGGCCAGAAAAAAAAACGAAUUUUCUUUUAUAUACUUGUGGACCACCUACACACGCAUUUUUCUGCUCCUGUCAUUUCAAAGUAACUCGUCAUGCAAAUUUUCAAUUCUUCAUCUCCAUAAGAAACACGCACGAUAUUUUGGAAAUAUUUCACGGAAAUGAAUUUUCACUAAUGCUGCUUCUUCUAUUAAUGGAUCGCGGAUUUUUGAAAUGCAUUUGAUAUUCUGUAAUUAUUAUCAGGAAAAGCGAGGGACGAUGGACUUCGACAAAGGAGAAGAAGAAAAAGAAGAAGAAGAAGAAGAAGAAGCCUUUAGGAGAGGUCACGGAAUUUUACUGUCUGCAGAAGAGAACAUAAUCUCUGGAGAAGUCGACAAAUGUCGCGAGGAUUUAGUGUAUGCUUAUAGUCUGAAAUGAGAUUUGUGGAAAAGAAAAUACAGAAGGAAAAUGAGAAAAGGCCACCCCACUGCUCAUUCGAAUCGUUUCAAUCUGUUCUUUGCGGUGGUGUUUUCUACCUCGUGUGGAGGUUCACGCAUGCUUAUAUAUACAAAUACAUAUUAAAAAAAAAGAAGAAGAAGAAAAAAAAAAGUACCACAUCUCAGCACACUCUGAGCAGCAGCUGAAGAGAGCAAAAAAGGGUGGGAGAGGAUGAGGGAGGAUUCGCUUCUAUAUGUAGCACUGAAACUUAGCCAGACCAACUUAAUACGUCCCGAAACUUGCAGAAGACGCAUGUACCCUCCUUCAAAGAGGGUCUCUCUCUCUCUCUCAAUCUCUCACUUCUCUCCUUCGAAACUUCAUUUUAAAAAGUCCUUUUAAAUUCUUCAUCAAACGCACGUGAUUUCAAGGCAGAAAAAGAAAUUCUACAUUUUGUGAAUAGUUUUAACGGAAGAAAAAAAAUAACAUUUUUUUUCACAAGUGGUGAUCGCAUUGUGAAAUUUUUCCGCAGUGGUGACAAGAAAAAAAGUAAACAAAAAAAAAAUUCUAAUGUGACAUACAAUUUUUGAACAAUUUUUGUUUGAAAAAGAAAAUUAAAUCGCAGUUUUUUUUGCUGAAAGAGAAAAUGCCGAGAGCUUUUCUUAUCACUCAUCGCCGUUACAAUGGCAUUGAAGAACUUGAGGAAUCACGACAAGAUUAUAAUUCCGAUAUUGGAGUAACGAAAUACGAGAGAGGUGGUGGUCAUCAAACAAAUUCGGAUGGCGCCAGCGAAUGUGGCAGUGAAACAUCAUCAGAAUGUCCUGAGGAGCUUUACAAUUUAACGAAAUUAGCCGAAGUCAGUUUAGCAGCCGCUGCAGGAACAUUAAUUCAUCCAAAUAGAAUUCUCUAUCAGCCAACUUUGACGUCGCGAUGCACUCAAGUCAUUGAAAAAUGUCAUUCACCAAAAUUAUCAACCGCCACACAUAUUCAAUCGAUGGCGCCACGAAGCAGAGAAGAAGAAGAGGAUGAAGAAGAAAAAGAGGCGAAUUUGCGCGAGAGAACGAGACUCUUCUUCGAGAGAAUUGAAAGCGAACGAGAAAUUUUACAAGAGAAAAAUUCGUCCAACAAUCUUCUUGAUGUACGACUUAAGGAGAAGACAACCCAUUUUCCAAUUUAUCGUGAGAAUGAUAAUUUUACGGAAAAAUUUCAGGCAACGAAUUCCGUUAAUUUUGCCGAAACGAAUUCAUCACGACGUGUAAUAACAACAACAACAACCACAUCGUCGUCCUCGUCGUCAUCAUCGUCGUUGUCGGACAUUGCAAAAUGUGAUGAGAAUGAAGAUCACGAAUGCUCUGAUUGCGGAAAAAAAUAUUCGACAUCAUCAAAUCUCGCGAGGCACAGACAAACGCAUCGAUCAUUGGGCGAUAAGAAGGCGAGACGAUGUCCUCAUUGUGAUAAAAUUUACGUUAGUAUUCCUGCUUUCAGUAUGCACGUAAGAACUCAUAAUCAGGGAUGCAAGUGUCAUUUUUGUGGGAAAUGCUUCUCGAGACCGUGGUUAUUGCAGGGACACAUUCGCACUCACACUGGUGAAAAACCAUUCAAGUGUACAAUUUGCAAUAAGGCAUUCGCUGAUAAAUCAAAUCUUCGUGCGCACAUUCAAACGCACUCGAAUACAAAACCGCAUGUGUGCUCACGUUGCGGAAAGGCUUUUGCAUUAAAAUCAUAUCUCUAUAAACACGAGGAAUCAUCGUGUAUGCGCUCACACAAUCGUUCAUCGUCUGAAAAGCAAAAUAAUGACGAGUCGCAAAUUAAUUUGAACCCAACGACAACAACAGCCCUCACGACAAUAACAAAUUCACCAUUGACGAAUAAUUCAACGACAGUGAAUAAAAUUCUAACACAAAAUUGUGUCGUCACAGCAUCGCCGACGAGCGUUAUUGUUCCACGUCUUCAAGGAUUAAUCAGCGAACAAAGAAAUCAAUCGUCUGCAUUCUCAACUAUUAUUAAAACCCCAAAAGUACAAUUUAAUUCCGAAACAUCGAGAUCAAUAUCGCCAAAGCGUUUCUGUCGGGAGAAAAUUUCUAACACUUUGGAUAAUAAUUGUGAAAUUGAUAAAAGUGAAUAUUUAUCGAGAAUGGUUAUUCGAACGUCGGUCAUAUCGCCGAAUCCGGAACAUUUGAGUAAGAAGAGUGCAAAUUUUGAUUAUUCCGAUCGUAAUUCCGCAUUCUCGAGGCCAAUGACUUUGAAUCUUGCCAUUGCGUGAUUUUUUAAAUUCUUUUUUUAUUUCUACAAAAUGCAAAUUUAUUUCUGUCAAAGAUGAAAACAAGAAAAGGAAAAAAAAUUGAAGAAAACUUUUCAAUAAAAAAUAUUGAAAAACCUUCAACAAUUUUUUUUCUUUUAGAUCUAUUUUCCGAAAUUGCUCUUUUUUUUGCUAUCAAUUUUUUUUACCAAGCGAACUUUUAAUUCUUAAACAUAAAACUUGAUUGUAAAAACUUAUAAACUUAACAUAAAACUUAUUUUUACAUUUAAUUAAAUUUCGUUAAAUCAAAUUGAACUAAAUUUUGUUCUCAACAUCUCGUCAAUAUUUUAUAAUUAGAUUUGUCUUUCUAGUUAUUUUUUCCGACCAGUGAGAUUUUAAUUUGUGAUCAUAGAAACAAGAUUUUAAAAAAGACGUUUAAAUAAUCCGAGGAUGUUAAUUUUCUAAUUACUUUCUAUUUUCUACAAUUACAAGUCCAAAGAUUAUUAUUUGAAAUUGUAGAAUUCAAAUUGUACUUUUUAUUUUAAUUUCUAUUCUCGAUAAUUUUAAUUUACGAAAAAAUAUUGUUUCAAUCACAGACAAUAUUUAUUUUAAGCAUAUCUUCCUCAAUAGGGACCAUUUAGCUGAUAGUUACGUGAAUAAUAUGUGCCUUCAAGACGUGUCUUUUCUUUAGGAAAUAUUUUACUUCUAAUCCUCAUUAAAAAAUAAGUUUAAAUUGUACGAAUUGUUCGAGAUUCCAAAGUGUCUAAUAUUUACAGCUGAUGAAUGAUAUUUUUUUUCUCAAACAUAGGAUUUCAUAAAAUUAAUUAAUUAACAGUAAUAAAUUUAUUUAUUUAUUAAUAAUAUUUAUUAAUAAUAAUAAAAAAAAUUAAUUAAUUAAUUAAUUUCAUUAACUUAAAAUAUUAAAUAUCCUAUUUUUGUUGGAGAAAAAAAAUUGAAUCUAUUUUUGAAAAUUUAAUAUUUGUAAAUAUUUUUUUUUGUAAUGAGACAUAUGAGAAUGUUUCGCCCUCAAUUGGCAGCUGUGAGUGUAGUUUUCUUUUUUCAAUAACUAGUCCUUUUUAGAAUAUUAAUUAAUUAAUCAAGGUGUAAAAGUCGCGAAUCGCGAAUUUAUAUUAAACGCCCUGAUGCGAGGGACAUUUGCAAUAAUUAAGAUUAUUUCGCGUUCUGUUUAUCCACAGUGUCGAUAACAGAAAGAGUGUAAACUAGUCGAAAUCGUCUUGCAAUACUUUUUGCAAUUAAAAAAAAAAAUAUAGACUAUAUAUUGAAAUAUUGAGAAAUUUUUUUUAAAUUUCAAGCAUUAUUAUUGUAAGACGAAGAAUGUAAUAUAUUUUGUCAAGUAAUUUUUAAUAACAGCGAUCAUAAUUUUUAAAUUGUAAAUAGAACUUAGAUUUUCUUUUUGUAUCUAUAAAUUUAAAAAAUUUU